UUGAGGAGUCAAGAGGAGUUGCCUAGCGUGAAGGACUUUCUGUGUAUGCUCUGCAUCUCAUGGAGCUAUCCGAGAGGUCGUCGGCUAUAUCGAUGGUACAAAAGGCGAGGAAAAAUGGGCUUCCCUUCUGGAAAAAGGAUCAGCGCUCGGAUUCCGAUCAUGUCGUUGUCGCCUUCGAAGCUUUCCAACAGUUGAGCCAAAUAACUGUUCGAUUUAUGACUUCGAUCUCUUCAAUGGUGAACAUGCAUGAGGACAUAUGUUCAACUGCCGAUGGCAAGAGAGCCGCGAUCAUAAUCCUUCCAUUCUAUAAGAACCAGAGAGUUUAUGGCUCUUUUGAGACUACUCGCUCAUACUUCCGGUGCGUGAACCGGAGGGUGCUCAAACACGCACCUUGUUCAGUUGGAAUCCUAGUUGAUCGUGGCCUAGGUGGAACCACUAAUGUAUCAGCUAGCAAUGUUUCCUUCCUGAUAACCGUGCUUUUCUUUGGCGGCUCCGAUGAUUGCGAAGCACUUGCUUAUGGUAUUCGAAUGGCUGAACACCCCGGUAUCAGUCUAAACAUCAUUCGCAUCGUAGUCGAACCCGAAACAAUCGGAGAAAUUUCCACAAUCGAUAUGCAAGAAAACAACAGCAUCAAAAAAAUGUCGUCAGCCGAAGAAUUUCUAUCUCAGUUCGGGAAAAUACUGGAGGACAACUCCGUUCAAUUCGAAGAAAAAGCGAUCAGAAACGUCACUGAAACGAUCGAUGCAAUUCGUGAAGCAGGGCAGUGCAACCUUUUCCUUGUGGGGAGAAUGCCUGAAGGUGAACGGGCCUUAGCUUUAUGGAGGAAAAGUGAAUGCCCAGAACUAGGACCUGUUGGUAGUCUGCUGAUUUCUCCAGAUUUGUCUAUCACAGCAUCAGUUUUAGUCAUCCAACAGUACAAUGGGUAUAUGCCUCUUUAUUUGGGUCAAGAUAUGGAAGAAUAUCACUUGAAUACGUGGGGCUCCAGACGUGGGGCUCCAGUCAAUAAGAUCCCAUGGGGUUGGAUGGGCAUAUCACUGACUAUUCCUUCAACUUGGUUUCAAAGAGAAGAGGAUGCAGAGAUUUCUGCUCGUAACAAGUCGAAGAAGGUUGUAUCGGUGACUCCAGAAAUCGAUGCUUCACCAGCGGACAGUAAAAGAAAACAAAAGGACAAAGGUGCCAAAUUCUCAAAAACUUUCAAAUGUAUAACUCCAUUGGAAUCCAGUAAAGGAGGAGUUGCUCUCAACACUGGAAAUUACGAAGCCUUAGCUACAUUGACUAUUGGGAAAGCGCUUGGAGUCGAAUUUAAGGAGACAUAUAAGGAGGUGGUGAUAAGACUGGAGGAAUUGGAGGCAGAAACCAGAAGCAGAGGAAUUCAGGUGUAG